AUGGCGCCGUGGAUGAUGGCGACGGAGACUGGAGAGAACAAAGUGCAGCCCAACCUCCUGGCCUGGCUCGAAGAAACCAACGCCCUGCGCUGGGCUUGCCACGGUGACGAUGAGGAUCUGGUGCGCUUCCUGCUGAGCGCCGGGAUCGCGCCCAACGAGAAUGCCAUAGUACAAGCCGCCGCCAAAGCGAGGGAAAAAGGGGACCUACGCGUCCUGGGACUCCUGCUGGACGCGGGCUGGGACAUUAACAAGCCUAUCCGGGAUGGCACGCCCAUUCUAGGCGCUUUCAUCAGACACCCAAACCUAGUCUCAUGGUGCCUCUCGCGCGGUGCCGACCCCAACGCUCCCAGCGGCUCGGCAACCUCGAGGACCAUCAUGGAGUUCGCCGCCGCCUACGCCUCCCCGGCCACGGUGAGGCUGCUGGUGGAAGAGCACGGCGCGUCUGUGACGGGCGGCUCGCUCGUCGCGCACGCAUCCAUGGUUCACGCCGAAAUCUCGCCGCCCGUCAAGAACCCGAAGCCCUCUAGCGGCACGGAGCACGGCCGGCUCGAGGUUGCGCGCUUCCUCCUGGACGCGGGCGCGCCCGUAGACGCGUACCACCUGCAGAACCGGGGCGACGACGGCGGCCGCCCGCAGCAGCAGGAACGAACCUGCUGCGGCCUCACCGAGGCGGUGCUUUUCGGGCAGCAGAACGCGCUCCACUUCGCCGCCUGGGGCGGCAGGACCGACAUGGUGCGGCUGCUGCUUGAGAGGGGCGCCGACAGGACCGCGCCGACGUGCUCCAUGUGGACGGACAACGCCACCUUGUCGCCGCUGGAGUUUGCUCUCAAGUAUGGGCAAGACGAGGUUGCGGACCUGCUGCGUGAGGCCUGA